AUGAGCGAAAGCAAGGGGAGAAUAAAGUUAAGAAUUCACCUCGGAAAUGAGGCGGAAAAUAAGGACCAAGCGGUGGAGAGUGAAAAGGGGAAGCCCGCCAAAUCGAGCGACAUGAAGAGGAGGAGUGGUCAUGCAAAAGAUGGGUCAGAUGAGUCAGAUGGGUCAGGUGGGUCAGCUGGGUCAGCUGGGAGAGGAGACGAAGGGGAGGCGAGCGAGCCGAUGCACGAACGAGACGGGGAUAGUUGCAAAGGGCGCAAGAAGCACAGGAGAGACCGCCUGGAGGAGAGAAUCACGUCCAUCAUUUCGAAGCUGACCAGAAUAGCCUGCAUUUGCGAGGACAAGAACAACCACGUCAGCGACAGCAACAGUGUCACGCACAGUCGGGAGAAUAGCAACGAGGGAAGUCGCGACCACAGCAGAGAGGAUAGCCGCACGCACAGCAAUGAUAACAGCCGCGAGUACAGCCGGGAGCGCAGCGGUGAAUACAGCCGGGAGCACAGCCGCGAGCCCAGCAAGGAAAGUAAAAACUCCCGAAUCUGCCGGAAGCUCACCAAGGAAAUGUACAAAUACGAAAAGAGCCUGAUGAGCCUCAACAGCUUUAUUAAUGACCGGAAGAACGGACUCGAUGAAGUCACUUUCCCGAACGGACUAAUCAAAGCAGUGGAUAAUUACCAAAGCCCCGACGUUUGGAUUUAUAAUUACCUCCUCGUGGAAUGUAAGAAACAGAGCGAUAGGUAUCGUAACUUAGUACAGAACAUUGCCGCGUUUGAUGCCACCCUUAGAAAUAAAAUUAUGAAUGAGGGGGCUCACGGGACAACGAUGCCUGUGUUUGCUGCCGUGGCUGCCAAUAAGCUGGGGGGCCUGCCGAGGGGGGGGAAGAACUACCACGAAAAUGUGCACGUGCCGAAGGAGCUCGCCGAGGCAUACUUUGAGGAAUUGAAGCGGCGCAAGGCGGGGGGUAAGCGGCCGCACGGGUGA